CUCGCACUAGUGAGUGUAAUCGCAAAGUUCACUUCCGGAGCCGCUUCCCACUUCCGAUCGCCGUGAUGGCGCCAAAGUAAACAGGGUGCGCACUGCGCGCUCAUCUUCCCGCCAAACUCUCCGACAGGAAAAUCCCGUAAAUUCCCGCCAUAAUAUCUGCCAUCUUUCCCAAACAUUCUCUCCUCUCGUUCCUUCCAAAAUCUCUCUCUCUCUCUCUCUCUCUCUCUCUCUCUCUCCAUUUCAAUGGCCCCUUCCCGCCGUCUCAGCAAUGGUCGAUCUCCAGUAGUCAACCCGCAGCGUCAGAUCACCUCCUUCUUCACACCAGGAAAGUCUCCGAUCUCUCCUCCGUCUUCGAUAUCGCUCAAAGAAAGCCCUAGGCCUAGCCCUAACCCUAACCCUAGUCCUCCUUUCCAAACCAAGAGGAAAAAGCCUGUUCUAGUUGUGGGACCAUCUCCUGCCCGCCGCUCGCCGAAUUCCACGCCUUCCUCCGAAUUGGGAAAGACAUCAUACUCAGGAGACGUCGUUGGGAAGAGGAUUAGGGUUUUCUGGCCUUUGGAUAAGAGCUGGUACGAAGGUUGGGUGAAGUCGUUCGAUGAUCGGACCGGCAAGCAUGUUGUUCAGUACGAUGAUGCGGAGGAGGAGGUUUUGGAUCUCGGAAAUGAGAAGAUUGAAUGGGUGGAGGACGUGGUGAGGAGCUUCCGCCGGUUGCGGCGGAGUUCGGUUUGUGAGGAGGUAGUGCCUGAGAAGGAGGAGGUUGUGGAUGAUGGGAGUGGCGGAAAUGAUGGUGGCGAUGGUGACGACAAUGAUGAUUCAAUGGAUGAGGAUUGGGGGAAGAAUGUAGGGAAGGAGGAGGAAGAUGUUGCUUCCGAGGAGGUGGAAUUGGAUGAAGAUGAUGAGGAAGUGGAGAGGUCGAGACGAGGCCGGGCGAGAAACUCGGGGUCUGGAAAGCGGAAGAAGAUUAAAGUGGAGAAGUUGGGUUCUGGGAAGAAGAGUAGGGUUAGUGGAAAUGGGGAAAAGGGUGUGUCGAAGGCUGCUUUUGAUUGGAGCGGAAGUAAAACUGUGCGGCUUCCAAGCAACGCAGAAACGGCGAUUGCAUUACCUAAUGGUGACAACAUUUUAAUGGGCGAUGCCGCAGAACGAUUUGGAAAGCGCGAGGCAGAAAAGCUGGGGUUUCUUGGACCAAAACGGAAGGAUGCAUGUGGGAGACUGCCUGGGGAUGUAAACUAUGAUCCAAGAACUCUUUACUUGCCACCCAGUUUCUUGAAGAGUUUGUCAGGUGGACAGAGACAAUGGUGGGAGUUCAAGUCAAAGCAUAUGGACAAGGUUCUGUUUUUCAAGAUGGGCAAAUUCUAUGAAUUGUUUGAAAUGGAUGCACAUGUAGGAGCAAGAGAACUUGAUUUGCAAUACAUGAAGGGAGAACAGCCUCAUUGUGGAUUUCCAGAAAAGAACUUCUCGAUGAAUGUGGAGAAAUUGGCAAGAAAGGGCUAUCGGGUUCUUGUUGUGGAGCAGACAGAGACACCUGAACAGCUUGAACUUCGUCGUAAAGAGACGGGUUCUAGAGAUAAGGUUGUGAAACGUGAAAUCUGUGCCAUUGUUACAAAGGGAACUCUAACUGAGGGAGAGAUGCUAGCUGUGAACCCUGAUCCUCCAUACUUGAUGUCAGUUACCGAAACUCAUCAAACUUCUGGGACCCCAGAAGAUGACAUAGUUGUUGGGGUUUGUCUGCUUGAUGUUUCUACGAGCAGAUUUAUUAUUGGACAGUUUACUGAUGAUUCAGAACGUCAUUGCUUAUGUUCAAUAUUGUCUGAGCUGAGACCUGUGGAAAUCAUAAAGCCUAUCAAAGUUCUCAGCCCUGAAACUGAAAGUGUUUUGCGGAAACAAACAAGAAGUCCUUUAGUCAAUGAUUUGGUUCCUAUGAAAGAAUUCUGGGAUGCUGAAAAAACUGUUGAGGAGGUCAAAAAUAUUUAUAGAGUAUGCAAGGAUGGAGUACCGGGAUCCUUGAGCAAGGCAGCUGUAGGUGUUCCUCCCGAUUAUGGCAGCAUGGAGAAUGGAUCGGGAUGCCUACCAGAUGUCUUAUCUGAGCUAAUAAAUGCAGGCGAGAAUGGGAACUCUGCACUUUCUGCUCUUGGUGGCUGUCUUUUUUAUCUAAGACAAGCAUUGCUAGAUGAGACUCUGCUUAAGUUUGCGAAGUUUGAACUUCUUCCGUGCUCGGGGUUACUUCAUACUCUGCAAAAAACAUAUAUGUCACUCGAUGCAGCCGCGCUAGAGAACCUGGAGAUACUUGAAAACAACAAAAAUGGAGGUUCCUCAGGGACACUAUUUUCACAAUUAGAUCACUGUGUGACUGCAUUUGGUAAAAGGUUGCUUAAAAAUUGGCUUGCAAGACCACUCUAUCACAUGAGGUCAAUUGUGGAGCGUCAAGAUGCCAUAGCAAGUUUGAAAGGUGUCGCUCAAGCUUCUGCACUUCAAUUUCAAAGAGAGGUAUCUAGGAUUCCAGACAUGGAGCGUCUUCUUGUGCGCCUCUUUGCUAGCUGUGAAGCAAGUGGAAGAAAUGCCAAUAAAGUAAUUUUUUAUGAGGAUGCAUCUAAGAAACUCCUUAAAGAGUUCAUUGCUGCUCUUCGUGGUUGCGAAUUGAUGGCCCAAGCAUGUUCUUCUUUUAGUGCCAUUUUGAAUAGCACUGAAUCUUGCCUACUCAGUCAGUUACUAACACCAGGCAAACUCCUUCCUGACAUUGAUCCAAUUUUAAAGCAUUUCAAGGAUGCUUUUGAUUGGUCAGAAGCUGAUCUUUCGGGACGCAUUGUACCUCAUGGAGUAGAUAUUGAAUAUGACUCUGCUUGCAAAGCAGUUAAGGAGAUUGAAUUUAGUUUGUCAAACCACCUGAAGGAGCAACAUGAAGUACUUGGAGAUAAAACUCUCAAAUAUGUUACUGUUGGAAAAGACGAAUAUCUACUAGAAGUACCUGAGAGUCUGCGAGGGAAAAUUCCUCGGGACUAUGAGUUACAAUCAUCCAUAAAGGGAUACUUCAGGUAUUGGACUCCAAAAAUUAAGAAGUUGCUAGCAGAACUUUCUCAAGCUGAAGAUGAGAAGGAAUCUAAAUUGAAAAGCAUUUUACAAAGGUUGAUUGGGCAGUUCUGUGAGCAUCAUUUCAAGUGGAGGCAAUUGGUUUCUGCAAUUGCAGAGCUAGAUGUUUUGAUAAGUUUGGCAAUUGCAAGUGGCUACUAUGAAGGGCCGACCUGCCGCCCAACUAUCAUAGACAUUUCUUGUUCACGUGAAGCUGUUCCAUGUUUGGCUGCUAAAAGUUUAGGGCAUCCUGUUCUCAGAAGUGAUGCCUUGGGGAAGUGUUCUUUUGUCCCCAAUGAUGUGAAUGUUGGUGGAGUUGGACACCCCAGCUUUAUCCUUCUCACUGGUCCCAACAUGGGCGGAAAAUCCACUCUCCUUCGCCAAAUUUGCUUGACUGUGAUUUUGGCACAGAUUGGAGCAGAUGUUCCUGCAGAAAGCUUUGAGUUGUCACCCGUCGAUCAAAUCUUUGUUCGAAUGGGUGCUAGGGACCAUAUAAUGGCAGGCCAAAGUACAUUCCUAACUGAACUUUCAGAGACUGCAGCUAUGCUGUCGUCUGCUACCAAUAAUUCGCUGGUGGCAUUGGAUGAACUUGGACGGGGGACAUCAACUUCAGAUGGACAAGCUAUUGCAGAAUCUGUAUUAGAGCAUUUUGUCCAGAAAAUUAAGUGUCGCGGCAUAUUUUCCACUCACUAUCACCGGUUAGCUGUGGACUAUGAGGAAGAUCCCCAUGUGUCUCUAUGCCAUAUGGCAUGCCAAGUUGGGAAAGGGGUUGGAGGUGUUGAAGAAGUCAUAUUCCUUUACAGACUGACACCUGGUGCAUGUCCCAAAAGUUAUGGUGUUAAUGUUGCACGUUUGGCAGGGCUUCCUGAGUCUGUUCUUCAUAAGGCUGCAGCAAAGUCGAGUGAGUUCGAAGCAAUAUAUGGUAAGCACAGACAUGGAUCCCAAGGUCAGACGUCUGGGUGCGUCAGUGAUGAUGAAGUCACAACCAUCCGAGAUGUCCUUCAUGCUGCCAUAGCAUCAGACGCCAAUGAGAACAUGGACAUGGGGUUGUUGAGCAACCUUCAACAGAGAGUAAGAUUGUUGCUUCAGGGGAACUGAACUCAUUUGGAUUUUUGGAAGGUUUUGACAUUUUAUCUCAUGCAACACAAUUCACCUUGCUGGUUUUUUGUCCAAGGGGCUGUGUCCAAACAUCCAUGAGUUUUUACCCAUCUACAUGGCAAACUAUGCUAAUUUUCCCAUCAAAGCAUAGUUUCCAUAUGUGAAUCUUGCCAAUGGAGUAAAGUCCUGAAGUUGAGCGAUGUGGAUCAGUUUGUCAUUGACAUGCCGUGUAGAAAGAUUUAUUGAUGGAGGUUGCAAGAUAUGAGCAGCAUGGUUGUUUUAUUGGGUCAGUUGCUAUUUGCCUGAGCAAAAUUCUCUGGUUUUGCUUGAGCUGCUUUUAUUUACUGAUGACAACGGAGAGGAAGCAAAAGGAUCAUGCAUAUGUAUUUAUACUAUAUAUAUAUUUUUAUCUUUUGCUAUGAAAAUGCAGAGUUUCAGUUGUAAAUUUUUUGCAGAUGCAGUGUUGCCUUAUUUUCUUCUUCUUUGUAUUUUGUUCUGCACUCAUUGUGAGAAUCAAUCAGCUUUGCUGCGAUGUGCAUCGCAUUAAACAGGAUUCUACUGCAGAAGUGUUGCUGGGCCAGUGAAAUGACAAAGAUGCUCUCGCCAUUA